CAGUCAUGGCAUUGUGUGAAGGUCAGCUAGAUUCCGUGCGGCAGCUGCAGGAGUCCUCACACGAGGAGACCAGUUCGCCAGAGAAGAAGCCCAAAGUUGAAGUGAAUGGUGACAUCUACGGACUUGAUAAAGUACCCCAGUUACCUCUCAGCGUUGACUAUCGCUCCCCUGUGUCACACUUCAUACCUCCAGCAGUCGAGCAGCUGUAUGCAUCACGACAUAAACAGGAAAGAGAGGAGGCACAUGCUGUCGCCGCCCCAAGUGCCACCCCCCCGGUGAAAAGGAAAAGGGGCCGCCCCAGGGUUGACAAAACGAGCCCCGAGUAUCUCGCCAAUCUGGCUGCGAGAAAGCAGGCCAGAGAGAUGGCUGCUGUGAUGUCUGCCAACAGUAGUAGCAACACUACUCCAACACUACGCCAGGCUAGUGGGGAGAAGCGGAAACGUGGAAGACCACGGGUGGACAAGACUAGCCCAGAAUACCUGGCGAGGAAGCGGGCCAGGGAACUGGAAGCUCUGGAGAAGAAAGCAAAGAAGGAACAUAGAAGAAGAACUACAGCAGAUUCAGCAGCUUCUUCGUCAGCCGGUGAGUCCACUCCAAGAGUCAAGAGGAAGUAUACCAAACGAACUCCGACUACCAAGAAGGAAGCGUUACCGAACUCGGCGGACAGAGUUAAGGGCAAGAGAGGAAGACCGAGGAAGAUAGACCAGCUAGCGCAGAGGCAUCCGGAGGAAGUUGGCAGGAUCCGCGUGAGGAGCAACUUGAUGCCCGCGAACACGGAACCCAUACCGGUGGACAGCGACGACGAACCAGAUCUUGGUUCCCCGAGUCAGGCUUCCGACUCGCUCAGCCUGGAUGAGAACCUCCGCGCGCUGCGACACAUCCACGAGAAAUAUGCCAACAUUGAUAAGGACGACCUAUAUGGGACUCACCUGAUCGCGGCCAACUUCAAGAAGCCGCCGGCGGGGUCUCGCCGCCAGCUUGAUGACGAUGUACUGUCCAUCAGGAGUUCAGAAGGAGACGGUGGUUCAGUCAAAGAUGAGGACACCAAGGUGGAGAAGCUUGAGGACAGCUCCAAUUCGGCCUCGGACAGUAGCUCGGGCUCCGGCAGCUCGAGUAGUGGAUCCAGUUCAUCAUCUAGCUCUUCCAGCUCCAGCUCGGACAGCUCCGACAGCGAGAACGAGCCGGAGACAACGAACAAAAACGUGAACCCGGGUGUCAACGAUGACAGCAGAUCGUUCGGUGCAUGGUCGUACGGCCCCCAGUCGGGCACCAACACCGAGUCGGCGUCCGACUCCGACCCCGAGCGUAACGGCAUCCCGGGGCCCGUGCCCACCCAGGACGAGAUCAGCGAGAGCGACAACGAGUCUGCCGACAAGAGCUUCCAGUGCCACAUCUGCAAGAAGUGGUACUCCACCCGCGUCACGCUCAAGAUCCACCGGCGCGUGCACCAGAACAAGGGUUCUGGUGGCGGACGGUCGCGGGCGCGCUCCUCCGACAAGUACGAGUGUGACUGCUGCAACCAGACCUUCACGAGGCGGGAGAAGCUGUGGGAGCACAAGGCGGAAGUCCACCGCGGUUCUAUGACGGUGCGGUGCGAGGUUUGCCGCAAGUGCUUCGAAGACGAGACCGAAUUGGCACAGCACGACGCGUUGCACACGGAUGAUGAGAGAGCUGGGCGCUGCUCGCAGUGCGGCGCGCAGUUCCCGCGUCACGAUCAGCUGGCGCGGCACGUGGCGGCCGCCCACCCGGCGCCCGCGCGGCUGCCGCACGCGUGCCCGACCUGCGGCAAGCGGUUCAGCCACGCGCACUCACUCACGCGCCACGCGCACAACCACGCCAAGCAGCUCUACCGCUGCGUCGUGUGCAAGACAUCGUUCGCUCGCGCUGACCAACUGGCGCAACAUUUGAACAGCCACCUGGCGAACUACAAGCGUCUCAAGCAAUAAGUCCGAAAAGGCCCGACGGUCUGUGUAAUAUAAAAGUUCCGUGGCCCCUAAAAACGCGGGCCCCGUUUCAUUUGGGCCCUGGUAAAUUUAUCGUUCUAAAGAUCUUAUAGGCUUAGUGGAUGUUCGUAAUAUUGUAUGGGCCCUUAAUGUUAUGCGUUUAUCACAUGGUAUGAAUGAGUUUAAGUUAUUUUAUGUGAUAAAUGAUAUGGGAAUAGUUUAGUUAGCAAGGGGUCGCGAAUUUGAUGCUAUAAUCAGCUUUCACGUGAUUUUUUGUCGAAUAAUUAUCAACAAAUUAGCAUUCGAAUGGCGAACAUAUCAGUAAAAAGAUUUUUUCUUACAUAUAAGAAAUUAAUGCAAUAAUAACAAAAUACAUAUUUCAAUUUAAGUACUAUUAGAAGUGGUGUAAUUAUUUUGAAAAUGAAUAUUAAAUAGUUUUAUAUGCUUUGAAGUUAUUCUUGUACAGGACAACGCCUUUGCUUAUUUAUUCCAUUUCAAAUCGACAGUAACACGACGCGUCGCAACGUGGAGCCAUUUCAUAUGUUUCUGCGUUGCAUGUUCAAAUUUAAAAUUCAAAUAUUUUCAGAAUAGUAUGUGUCAAAAAUUAUCACCCACUCCAAAAAGAAUUUCUCAGAUCUGAGUAGACUUUACAUUAUCAAGAAUAUAUUGAGAAGCAACAGUAAAAAAUUUAAUUCUUUUAAAUUUUUCUCUCAAUCAUUCAAUUCUUAAUCAUCCAAAAUAGUUUGGAAAACAUGUAGAAAAUUAUUGUUUGAAAAUCGAAAUGAGGUGUUAUGUAAAACAGAUAGAUACAUCUUCCCGGAUAAUGAAUAUAUUAUAUAAUUGUGAAUAUGAAAAAUAUAAAAUAGAAAAUAUCUUUGGAAUUCAAAGUCUAUUUACCUUUUUAAUUUUAUAUUAUUUUUUAUAUACGGAUUAAUUAAGAUAACGUCCCAUGGAAUAGAAAAUGGGCCCAUACAGCUUAAUUAUAAUGUAUUUGGGGCCUUUUUCAUUAUUACACGGGCCCAAGUGAAGUGAGACGUUCCAUUUUGAAUGUAGUUAGUUAGUUUGGGCCCUUUUUGGUGUUUGCAUUCUAUUAACUUUUAAUCAUUCUUAAUCUAGAUUUUUCCUUUUUUCUUCUGACUGGUGUUCGCUUUUUAUUACUAUUCUUGCUUAUGAUUGAAAAACUAAUAUGUAAAACUUUGUCACAUUGCAAAAAUAAUAAAAUACAAACACCAAAACUAUUGAUGUUAUAUAGUAUAGAUAAAUAAUUAUUAAUUAAGUUGUUCUAAGCGAUGUUAAACAUAAUUUAGGCCGGUUGCAGAUGCAGCGUUUUAUUAACCGCGACAAUUUUUUUUUGUCUUAAAUUCUGUUAUAAUUUAUUGUAUAUAUAAGCGAAAGAUAGAGUCUGUUUUUUGUUCAACGCUGGCGAUACAUAAAAUUAAUAAACUUAAAGCGAAUGAAUUAUGAAAAAAAUAUACAUUUGGAACUAUCUGUUUUAGAUGGUAGAUAAAGAUUAAAAUGUAAUCGAAUGAAAUUAAUUUUUUCACAUUAGCUUAGGCUUAGUUCAAAUAUCGGCUUCGUGUUCUGCCGUCUUGAUAUUUAAAAGCAUCGAACGUUCGUCUCCAUAACUCUCAAGUGGCCUCAAAACCCAUUAGGCCGACAUAACCAUAGUCUAUAGAUAUUAAUAUAGUUCAAAGUACUAUUAUUAUACUAAAGAAAUAUCCUAGUACCACUGUAACUGGUAUUCCGGAACAGUUGGACUUAGUCUGGUCCAGUACAUACCUUCAAUCGUCUCUACCCUGUGCUAAUUGCUUCGAUUUCAUGGUUUAUAAGGCCAAGAGGCCUUCAAUUCACGAAGAAAUUGAGGCUGUCACGGUUCUGCCGAGCACCAGGCUUUCCUCUGUUUUAGUUUUCCGGUAAGUGAGUGUUUCCGGUACUAGCUAACCUAGCCUAAUAAUUCGCUAGCGGUUAAAUAUCAGGACUAACUUGUAUCUUAAAUUAGAUAUUUUUAAAGUUGUUACUAUCACUUCUGGGAGUAGUUAUAUUAAAUUUGCAACUAGAAUUUUUUUACAACAUAAGAGUUGAACAAGACAUACCAAAAUUUACUUAAGACAAAUAAGAUAAGAUUUAGUCACUAGAUCGGUUGGCUCAGUUGGAAGAGCGCUCGGAUGAAACCCGAGAGGUCGCGGGUCUGAGUCCCGCAUCGUCCACUAAUUUUGGUUACAAAUUUAAUUUAAACUUGUACCCAUCGGAUAUCACUAUUUGAUAGUAUUUUGAAAGGAUGUCUUAUAAAUAACAGUUUAUUUGCUGCAUUUAUGUACAUAAAUAAACGGCUGCUUGGAAACUCUUCCUUUUAGGAGACGAACGUUCGAUACUCUCCAAUUUCAGAUGCAACUCGAUUUAUUUACCUUUUUAAUUUUAUAUUAUUUUUAUAUACGAAUUAAUUAAGGUAACGACCCAUUGUGUAGAAAAUGGGCCCACGCAGCUUAAUUAUAAUGUAUUUGAGGCCUUCUUUCAUUAUUACACGGGCCCAAGUGAAGUGAGACGUUCCAUUUUGAAUGUAGUUAGUUAGUUUGGGCCCUUUUUGGUGUUUGCAUUCUAUUAACUUUUAAUCAUUCUUAAUCUAGAUUUUUCCUUUUUUUUCUCACCGGUGUUCGUUUUUUUUACUAUUCUUGCUUAUGAUUGUAAAACUAAUAUUUAUAACUUUGUCACAUUGCAAAAAUAAUAAAAUACAAACACCAAAACAGUUGAUGUUUCAUAGUAUAGAUAAUUAUUAAUUAAGUUGUUCUAAGCGAUGUUAAACAUGAUUUAGGCCGGUUGCAGAUGCAGCGUUUUUUUAACCGUGACAAUUUUUUUUGUCUUAAAGUCUGUUAUAAUUAAUUGUAUAUAUAAGCGAAAGAUGGAGUCUGUUUUUUUGUUCAACGCUGGCGAUACAAAAAAUAAUAAACUUAAAGCGAAUGAAUUAUGAAAAAAAUCUACAUUCGGAACUCUUUGUUUUCGAUGGUAGAUAAACGAUUAAAACGUAAUCGAAUGAAAUUGAUUUUUUCACAUUAGCUUAGGCUUAGUUCAAAUAUCGGCCUCGUGUUCUGCCGUCUUGAUAUGUAAAAGCAUCGAACGUUCGUCUCCAUAACUGUCAAGUGGCCUCAAAACCCGUAAGGCCGACAUAACCAUAGUAUAUAGAUAUUAAUAUAGUUCAAAAUACUAUUAUUAUGCUAUAGAAAUAUCCUAGUACCACUGUAACUGGUAUUCCGGAACAGUUGGACUUAGUCUGGUCCAGUACAUACCUUCAAUCGUCUCUACCCUGUCCUAAUUGCUUCGAUUUCAUGGUUUAUAAGGCCAAGAGGCCUUCAAUUCACGAAGAAAUUGAGGCUGUCACGGUUCUGCCGAGCACCAGGCUUUCCUCUGUUUUAGUUUUCCGGUAAGUGAGUGUUUCCGGUACUAGCUAACCUAGCCUAAUAAUUCGCUAACGGUUAAAUAUCAGGACUAACUUGUAUCUUAAAUUAGAUAUUUUUAAAGUUGUUACUAUCACUUCUGGGAGUAGUUAUAUUAAAUUUGUAACUAGAAUUUUUUUACAACAUAAGAGUUGAACAAGACAUACCAAAAUUUACUUAAGACAGAUAAGAUAAUAUUUAGUCACUAGAUCGGUUGGCUCAGUUGGAAGAGCGCUCGGACGAAACCCGAGAGGUCGCGGGUCUGAGUCCCGCAUCGUCCACUAAUUUUGGUUACAAAUUUAAUUUAAACUUGUACCCAUCGGAUAUCACUAUUUGAUAGUAUUUUGAAAGGAUGUCUUAUAAAUAACAGUUUAUUUGCUGCAUUUAUGUACAUAAAUAAACAGCUCCUUGGAAACUCUUCCUUUUAGGAGACGAACGUUCGAUACUCUCCAAUUUCAGGUCUUCGUUUGCGUGAAAUGAAGUCGCAUAUUAAAUGUAAAAUCGAAUGGACACACAUGUUUUUCUAUGUUUAUAUAGUGAAGUUAGAUUUGACAAUGUUAAUGUAAGGUGGCGUAAUGUUGGAACUGGCCGUGAUGUUGGAAUUGUCACACAAGAUGGCGGCUAGAUGGGUACCGCAGCAUUUGUUUUGAUUGACUGUACUGUAGCUGGUGACAUUACUGAUCUUAAUGAUACCAUUUACUUUAUUUACCAGUGGGAGGCUCCUUUGCACAGGAUGCUGGCUAGAUUAUGGGUACUACAACGGCGCCCUUUUUCUACUGAGAAGCAGCUCAAGGUAACGAGCGCAAUUGUAGAGCCGCUCAGAAUCUGGGUUUUUCAAAAAUCCUGAGCAGCAUUGCAUUGUAAUUGGCAGGGCGUAUCAAUUACUAUCAGCUGAACGUCCUUCUCGUCUCGUCCCAUAUUGUCGUAAGAUAAAGAUGGCGAGCACAAACGUGGUUGAUGCGUACAAUUUUGGUAUCACAUGUUGAUCUCGUCAGUUCCAAUCACCGUAAAAUAUAUUUAAAAGGCUUCAAUUUUCCGAUCAGUGAGGAAGAAUCUUGGUUUCUUCUCAUUCGCAAGGAACAUGGUGCUCUUAAUUGAAACCAAAAGUGGGCUGUUAAGAAUAAUUCACACAAAUUAAAAGAAUGUCUUAUCGUGUCCUAAGGCUCACGAUUGGACGAUAUUAUUUUGUGGUCAGAAGUGGGAUACUGAGCAUAUUACAGUGAAAAAUUGUAACGCAUCAUAAAACGAACAACGAUGUGAAAUUUAUUUAUUUGUAUAAAUCGUUGUAAAACAGUUCUUAAAAUUGUAGUUUUUGAUUGUCAAUAUGUAUUAUAAUGUAUUAUGUGUCUGAUGACUCAUAAUUUGGGUCAAAAUUAAUAGGUGUCAGCUACUUGUCAUGUCAACGUGAUAAAAUACUGCGGCACCAGUUCCAAUUUUACGUAGAAAUAAUAAAUAUACACACGGGGCGCUUUUCCCGCUUGGGUUCUAGCUUAUCGUUUCACGUCCCAUACGUUUUUUAGUGGUUUUUUAUGGGAUUAUAUUUCAUUUGCGAUUAGGUUAGAUUAGACCAAAUUUGUAGAAAUGGGGUUGUCUUGAGCGUAUUUAGAUGUUAUUUUCUCAACAUCUGCUAUUUAAGUAUUUACGACUAUCAAUAAAAAUACAGUGAAAUUUAUAAUUUUAUGUAUUAUAAUAUACAUAGAAUUGAAUUUGUUAAAUAUAAAUCUACAAACAUGAGAAUGUAAUAAUUUUUUCCAUACACGUUUGUAUUUCGUGUAGAUUAUUGUAACGUUGGAAUCAUUCAAUUCAUUAUAAUAUUACAAGGCUUACGAAGCCUUUAUUUUAAUCAGUAUCAAUCUUAUUGGAGAUUGGCUAAAUGACUAAAUCGGUGUAAUAUUUUCUUGGUGAUUAUGAGCUUUAUAAUUAAUUAUUAAUUAAUUGCUUACGUAAGUUUUGAAAGUAAUUCACAUAACUGUACAUAAUUGAAAUUUAUAUUACUUGAAUUGUCAAAUAAUUAUUAUUGUAAUUUUCACUUUUGCAAUUAAUUAGAGUGUAUCAAGUGGCUUUAUAGCUUUUUAUAUCAGUGUGGUUAAAAAUGGCUAACAUAAAAUAGAUGGUGGCUGUUAUACGUGAUUAAAACUACAACACUGUUUUACAUUUAAAACGUAAAAUCGGUACUUAAGUUACAUACACGGAGUACUGUGACUUAGGAUUUUUAAGAUUAUGUAUUGUAGAAGAACACUAGAAUGCUAACAUUUGUAUUGUUAUUCGUAUAAAACAUGGAAUUUAGCUCAUUCUAAUUAUUCCUGUAAAAAAGUCUACCAAAAAUAUAUAAUCAGUUGUAAACGUAUCGUAAUACGCUCUCAUAUUUUUUUUAUUAAUAAAAAAUAAUAAAAUCUAAAUACGCUCAUAAGACUGGACGCGUUUGGAACGCGGCAUUUUACGCGCGCGGUGUGUGCGUGGACUUAUCUCCGAAGUUAUUGGGGGAGUGCAACAUGAAUUUACAGACAUACACACAAUAUUAUUAUUAUAUUAUAUUAUUAAAUAUAGAGUUUUAUUUAAAA